AUGGAGAAAAAGAUUGUCACUGUUGUUGGCGCCACAGGCAUUCAAGGUGGUUCUGUUAUUGAUGUUCUUCUCAAAGACGAUAAAUAUCAUAUUCGCGCUGUCACACGAAACUGCGAAAGCCAGUCGGCAAAAGGUCUUGCUGCUAAAGGCGUUGAAGUAGUUCAAGCAACCACCAAUGAUGUUUCAUCCCUGACGGCAGCUUUCCAGGGCUCAUCGAUCAUAUUUGGUGUGACGGAUUUCUUUGGCUUAUUUGUAAAAGAAGGCCCUUUGAAAGCUACGGAAAUUGAGUCUUCUCAAGCUCUCAAUUUGGCAAAAGCCGCUGCAGCAACGCCAACACUUGAGCACUACAUAUGGUCAACUCUACCUGAUGCUAAAACCCAGAGCUCAGGGAAAUUUUUGGUCCCUCAUUUCGAGAGCAAGAACGUCGCCGACCGGUAUAUACAAUCACAGCCGGAAUUGUUCACCAAAACUACGUUUGUCAUUAUAGGCUACUACGCCGCAAACUUCUACUGGCAAACACACACCCCAAUCUUUAUUCCAUCGGCAGGUAAACACGUCCAGCUCAAUGGAUACCCAGCCGAUACGCCUCUCCGGCCUAUAGGCGAUGCUAAGAAUAAUAUAGGAAUAUUUAUCAAGGCUAUUAUCGAUCAACCCGACAAAACACUACCCGGGAAGCAUGUGCUAGCCCACACGGAAAACAUAACAUGUGGGGAAAUGCUGCAAUUAUGGGGGGAAGCUCAAGGAAAGACAGCCGAGUACAUUGAGCUUCGACCAGAAGAAUUUAACAAAGUAUGGCCAGGUUGGGCCGAGGAGAUAGGAAUCAUGAUGCAGUUCUUUUGGUUGACCGGGGCCGGUUCGGCGGUGACAACGGCGCUUUCUCAUGGUAAACCUCUUCCGACCCAGAUGGAGAGCGCAUUGGUAGAUCUCUGCGACGAAGCUAUUCGCCGACAUGUAAACAUUUUCUUAGAUGCAGAGCAGCAACAUGUUCAGCCGGGCAUUGAUAAAGUCGCCCUCGAUCUGAUGCGCCGCUACAAUCGGGGUGACGUGGCAGUGGUAUUCAACACCUAUCAAGCUUAUCUGAAGUCGACAUCGGUGACCCUUCUUGAUCACUUGCACUGCGCGAAACAGGAAGACUUUAUGAUUGGCAUAAAGCUGGUUCGUGGUGCAUAUAUGAGCACAGAGCCUCGUCAUCUUAUUCACAAUACCAAGGCAGAGACAGAUGCUUCGUACGAUCUCAUUGCAGAAAGCCUCAUCCAAGGUCAAUCGACCGCCUGGAAGCAAGAUGAAUCUUUCACUUCUCCGAGACUACAGCUGUUUUUGGCAACUCAUAAUCGCGCUAGCACUCUGAAGGCUCAGGAGCUGCAACAGUCUCGCACAAACGCCGGACUGCCGCGCAUUCAGGUGCAAUACGGCCAGCUACUGGGGAUGGCAGAUGAAGUAAGCUUUACACUUCUUCAGCGAAACAAACAGGAUAUUCACAGCCAAGGGUCCGUAAGUGAGGUAUACAAAUGCCUUACUUGGGGGACAAUUGGCGACUGUAUUUUUUAUCUUCUACGGCGUGCCAACGAGAACAAAGAUGCUGUGUCCAGAACAUUGGCCGAAUACCAAGCCCUGAGGAGAGAGGUGGUUAGAAGAGUCAAGAGCGUGUUCUCAUUUUAA